AUGCCUCCGUCACCCCCUUUACCUUCGACGGACGCUUUUGACCCCGGUAACCCCGCCGGCGAGGCCCGUCCUUCCCCCUCAUCCUUCAAGGGCGCAAGCAGCGAGGUCAGCGACGUCGUGGCGUUGACCGAAGCAAUCCGCCUGCUUGUCGCCAUCAACAAACGCCAGAACGCCAUUCUCGAGCUGUUCCUCCACCAGCUUCCGCUGACCCAGCCGUCAGACACUCUUUUGGAGUCGUCCACUGACGACAGCGCCCCCCCUCACCCUGACGCCAAAAACGCCGCUACCCAGACCAAGCCGGCGCCUGAGACUACCUACAUUGAGCAGUGGAUCGAUAGAGUGAAUUCGUGUGAGCAAGAAUAG